AUGCAACCUUCAUCAUCACCAACCACACCUGCUAUAGAUGUCACUGACCUUCAUUUCAGAUUCAAUGAAGGAUUACCUGAAAUCCUACGAGGUAUUGAUCUCAAAUUGACACCUGGAUCGAGGUGUCUCCUGAUCGGUGCGAAUGGAGCUGGUAAAUCCACGUUACUACAGAUCUUGGCAGGUAAACGAUUGACCAAAUCAAAGGCCAAGGUCUUGGGACAAGAUGUCUUCUUUAAUACACCAGAGAUCGUUCAACUUAUGCUCCCUUUCCUACAGGGCGUGACUUAUCUUGGGACUGAAUGGGCCAGCAAUCCGGUUGUGAGAUCUGAUCUCAUUGUAUCACACUUUCUAGAUUCGGUUGGUGGCUACAGACACAAGGCUCGCCGAGAUCGGCUUCUGGACAUUCUCGAUGUCGAUUUGGAUUGGCAUAUGCACGAGCUCAGCGAUGGUGAAAGGAGACGAGUUCAGAUUGUACAAGGCUUGAUGGCUCCUUGGUCCUUACUACUACUAGAUGAGGUUACGGUUGAUCUAGACGUCAUGGUGCGACAGGAAUUGCUCGAAUUCCUUGUCGAAGAUACUGUCAAAAGGGGAUGCACAGUACUCUAUGCUACCCACAUUUUCGAUGGAUUAGAUACGUUUCCUACGCAUGUAUGUCACUUGCAAUUAGGGGCCACUGUGGCUCCUAUUGCCCAAGAAUGGCCCCUUGAUCCCAAUAAUCCGAAACACGUUGUGGAUAUUCCAACGGAGAUCAUUCAAAAGAUGUUGGAUCCCAAUCGAAUAGGAUCAAAAUUAUUAAUACUUGCGUUGCAUUGGCUUACCGAAGAUCGUAAGAUUCGACUUGCACUUGAAGCGGAAGGUCGGGCUGGUUUCAGAAAGCGAGGUGCCAAGGAUGGUAUGGUACCAAGUGACUCAGAGGCCUUUUACAGAAACAGCUAG